CAGACACUCUCGACUCGCUUCAGAAAGAGACAGCAGCUCAACCCUCAGCCAUGCGGACUCCGGGGAUCCUGAUUUUCGGCAUGGUCCUGGCCCCCUGUGGAUGGAUCCUUGACCUAACCAGCACAGUCGCGCCCAACUGGCGCACCAUCAACAACCUGGCGAACGAAGCUUCGGAUCUGGUGGUGGAACAGGGAAUCUGGGACAUCUGCAGGACCUACACAACGUCCAGAACCCAACAGUGCAACAAUCAAGGCAACGACCAGAUUUAUUUUAACAGCCAGAUCAUUCCGAUCGCUAAAGGAAUGAUGGUCGCGUCGUUGAUUGUGACGGCGCUUGGCCUUGCGGUGGCAACACCCGGAGUUAGAUGCUGGAGGGAAAGACCCAGAUGGAUACUGGCUUCUUUGGGUGGACUCCUUAUCUUCUGCUCCGGAGUCCUGACCAUCAUUCCCAUUGCGUGGUACACUAAUAUCCUCAACAGCAUCAAUUCCACCUCCGUCAAAAGAGAUCCAAACAGACCGGAUGACAUUCGAGUGGGAUACUGCAUCAUUUUGGGCUACAUCGGAGGCAUCAUGGAGGUCCUCGGGGGUUUCGUGAUGUUCCUCGGGAUUUGCUCUUGCUGCGGUGGACGCAAUCGCGGAGAAAAGCCUCGAAGCACCACAACAUGGCGGCCGGCAACGGAAAGACCCACUCCUCUGCCCAGGGUUAACAUGCACAGAACCUACAGCAAGAGCACCGAAAGCAGCGUGCCGUACUCGCAGAAGUCCCUGGACGACGACCUGGACUUCCCAAGAGCCAAGCCCCGAGACAGAGGAUCCGUCAACACGUCCUACACCGGAAGACCUUACGAUGCCGAUCUGUGAAACUGCUAACUUAGUCGAUACAUGCUGUGAACAUUUUGUGAGAUGUAACAACUGCUAAAGACCUGAGGGACGUUUGAACAACUGCACUAAAUUAAGGUUCUUUCUUGUCACCUGUGGUUCCAUUUAGAACAUCCUUUGGAUUGCAGAGAUCGCAAAGUUCUCUAUAUGUAGAUUUAUAGGGUACAAUAGAAGAUUUUGUUUUGUUUUCAAUGAUAGGUUCCCAAGAAGGUUCUUCUAUGGCAGUGGUUCCCAACCAUGUUCCUGGAGGCCAACCUACACUGCACAUUUUGAAUCUGUUCUUCGUCUGAAACACUUUUUCAAGUCUCAGAGUCUCACACCGUGUGUGUGUGUGUUUGAUUAAAGAGACAUGGAAAACAUUUAGUGUACGUGGUUGGGAAACACUGUUCUAUGGAAUCACUGCACAACAAAAACUUUAUUUCUAAGAGUGCAGAUGACUCGAUGCACCAGUCUUUUUCUUACUUUAACAAGUAUUUUACGUGUUUACAGCAGUUACUGAUUGUGCUAGCCUGUUGCACUUUUAAGCUAAGCGAAAUGAAGGUUUUUAGAGUUGUAAAUACAAAAACUGUAACUUCCAGUAGCAGAUGCAGGUUAAAAUCAACUCAUGCAUCUUAAUGGAAGAUAUAAGCUGUUGAUAUAUCACUAUAAUAAAGCAAGAUAAAAAUGAGCUCAUCUGAACAACGAAUGGUGCAAUAUUUUCUUUUGCUGUGGAAAAACAAUCUGAAGUCAGUCAAAAGAGGUCUGCAAUGCUGUGUAACUAGUAAUACUGGUUGUUUCAGUUUUAUCUUCAUUGCACGCUGGGCAGCAUGUUUGAAUUGUCAGCUGAUUCAUGAGUCAUGUGAACAAUGAAGCGAUAGACACGAAGUAUAUUCCUCCAAAAAAAUCAAAUCAAAUCAAGUUUGCUGUGGUAAAUACCUAGAUUUUUGUUUUUGCAUUUAUAUAUUGAUAUCGCAUAUACUUUCCGCCGUUGUGUAAUAAAUGUUCAGCUGCUUCUUGUAGGACAGUGAGCAUAUCUUCAGUCUGGAAGUACAAAACAAAGUUGCCUGUUUCACAACAAAUGUAUUACAACAAUAAAUUAAUAAAGUUAAUUAUUAACUUUAAAACAGUGCAAAUGAGCUUAAAUAUUCUUACACCAUCCAGAUCAAGGAAGAAGGGGGUAAAUAAGAUUAUAAUAACUUGAUUUUACUGUCAUUUCCCAUUGGGGUCAAGGUUUGUGUGGUUUCUAAAAAGCAAUACAUCAUCUGUAAUGGUGUUUUUAAAUGUUUUUUUGUAUUAAAGUACUAUUUAUUAAAAGCAAA